GACGGGCAGAUCAUUUCUGUAUUUAUUUAGUUUUCGUUGCGGCAAGGGCAAGGUACAUUUAUUUUUUAUUUGGUCUUGCAAUGGCCUUCCUCGAGUUGCUGUUCAUCGCUCUGGUGCUGUACUAUUUCCUCUAUGUGGUGCUCUGGCUCGUGCUCGAUUGUAAUGUGGCGCUGUGGUAUAAAUCACGUUUCGGCGUCUCGUUGUCGUCGAUGCGCGGACAGGUGGUUUGGAUAACGGGUGCCUCAAGCGGCAUUGGACGAGCGCUGGCCAUAAGUUUGGCGCGGCACGGAGUGCGUUUGGUGCUGAGUGCGCGUCGGGUGAGUCAGCUGGAGGAGGUGCAGGCGGAGUGCAUUGCCGUGGCUCGUGGCUUGCUGGCGCAGAAGGAUGUCUUCAUCCUGCCCAUGGAUAUGCUGCAGCUGGAGCAGCAUCAGUCGCACCUGAAUAAGGUGUUGAACCAUUUCGAGCGCCUGGACGUGUUGGUCAACAAUGCGGGACGCUCGCAACGCGCCAAUUGGGCAGAUAUUGAGAUAGAGGUGGAUCGCGAUCUGUUCGAGCUGGACGUGUUCGCGGUAGUGCACCUGACACGCCAUGUCGUGCGUUACUUUUUGGAGCAGACUGGUGGUCGUGGGCAUAUUGCGGCCACAUCCAGUGUCGCCGGGUUUGGGGUGGUGCCAUUCUCGGCCACCUAUUGCGCUGCCAAGCAUGCCUUGAAUGCCUAUCUACGGGCUCUGAAAGUGGAGCAGCCUAAGUUGGAAGUAAGCAUCUUCUCGCCAGGACCCAUUGCAACAAAUUUUCUGCAGGAAGCCUUCACCGGCUCCCAAGGUGAGAAAGUGGGACUCAGCACUGCCAAUCAGAAGCGCAUGACGGCCGAGCGUUGUGGCGAACUGUUUGCUACUGCUAUUGCCAAUAAAAUGGACUUCACCUGGUGCGGUCUGUUUCCGGUCAAUGCCAUAGCCUAUUGCGCUCGUAAUCCAACACUUACCAAAAUUUUGGGUCAAUUUAUGACUGAGAAGACUUUGAACAAAAUACGCGAGGGCAAGAUGUAAAAUACAAUUCUCAUUUUUGUAUCUAAUGUACAAAUGUACGCAGAGGUGUAUAAAUUAUACAAUUUUGUACGUA